AUGGCAGGCAGGCAGGCCUACAACAAUCGCAGCCAAGGCCAGCAGGACGACGAUCUGCUCGGCUUAGACGACGAAGAGGCGCCGUAUUACAGCAGCGGCAGUCGCCCACCCGUGAGCGACGACCGCAUACUGCACGACUACCACACACAGCGCCGCAUUAGCACUUCGCAUGAUGAUUUCGUCGGCUCCUCUCCACAGCAUGCACCGCAUCCCACCGCCUCUGUGCCUGGCGCGCCAGCAUACGCCCCUGCUUCAGGCUUGCACGCGCCUCCGACACUGGGAGAGCAGGGCAGGCAGAUGUCGCAGACGUCCGGCCUAAACGACUACCAGCGCUACUCUGACCUGGAUUACGACGACACUGCUUCAAUGCAGGGAGGCUACUACGCCGCGGGAGCGCAGAUCGACGAAGAUGCCAUACCCAUACAGCACGGCCAGCGCAAGCACAGAAACCGGAACAGCAUAUUAAGUCUGGGCGGAGGAUUAAUUGGGAAAGCAAAACACGCCAUGGGCAUGGCACCAGAGUACAGCGAGAUGGACCUGCCUUUGACGGAGCAAGGCGCUGCUCGCAUGCAGCCAGGAGCUGGAGAACCACCGAGGAAGACGCCUGGCGCAAAGUUCAAGUUUGGUCUGCCUGGCCGAAGCAAGCCCGACCCAUCUACACUUGGGCCCAGGAUAAUACACCUGAACAACCCGCCCGCCAAUGCUUCCAACAGAUAUGCCGACAACCAUGUUUCCACGACCAAGUACAACGCUGUGACCUUUUUACCCAAGUUCUUAUUCGAGCAAUUCAGCAAGUACGCCAACUUGUUCUUCUUGUUCACCGCCAUCUUGCAACAGAUACCCAACAUCAGUCCAACCAACAGAUACACCACUAUUGUGCCUUUGGGAAUUGUAUUACUAGUUUCUGCCAUCAAAGAAGCAGUGGAGGACAACCGGAGACGAUCCCAGGACACCCAGCUUAAUCGAAGUCCCGCACGAGCUCUGAGAGGAACCAGUUUUCAGGAUGUGAAGUGGAUUGAUAUCAAAGUCGGAGACAUUAUCCGCAUCGAAUCAGAGGAGCCUUUUCCAGCAGACGUGGUGCUAUUGGCAUCAUCAGAACCAGAAGGAUUGUGCUACAUUGAAACAGCGAACCUAGAUGGUGAGACGAAUUUGAAGAUCAAGCAAGCCAUUCCAGAAACAUCACACCUCGUUUCCGCUGCCGAGCUAGCAAGACUCGGCGGCAGGGUGCGCAGUGAGCAGCCCAACAGCAGCCUCUACACCUAUGAGGCCACGCUCACCACGCAGUCUGGAGGCGGUGAGAGGGAGUUGCCUUUGGCUCCCGAUCAACUCUUGCUGCGGGGUGCCACGCUGCGAAACACUCCAUAUGUGCAUGGCAUCGUCGUAUUCACCGGACACGAAACGAAGCUCAUGCGCAAUGCCACAGCCACGCCCAUAAAACGUACGAAUGUGGAGCACAUGGUCAACAGGCAGAUUCUCAUGCUUGGUGGUGUCCUUAUCAUCCUCUCCGUUAUUUCCUCGAUCGGCGAUAUCGUGGUCAGGAAGACCAUUGGCUCUAAGCUGUGGUUCUUGCAAUAUGGUUCGGUCAAUGUCGCCGGCCAGUUCUUUGGUGACAUCUUCACAUACUGGAUCCUGUACUCAAACUUGGUGCCUAUCUCCCUGUUCGUAACAGUCGAGAUCAUCAAGUAUUAUCAAGCUUUUCUCAUAAGCAGUGACCUCGACAUUUACUACCCGGAAACAGAUACACCUGCCAAUUGCAGAACAAGUUCACUGGUUGAAGAGUUGGGACAAGUCGAAUACAUCUUUUCUGACAAGACCGGCACUCUGACCUGCAAUAUGAUGGAGUUUAGGCAGUGCAGUAUUGGAGGGGUGCAAUAUGCUGAUGAAGUGCCCGAAGACCGCCGGCCAGAUGAGGACGGCAACGGCAUCUAUGAUUUCCGAGGCCUUGCACAACAUCGGAGCGCAGGACAGAACGCGAGCGGUAUCCAUCACUUCCUGAGUUUGCUUGCGACUUGUCACACGGUCAUUCCGGAGAUCAAUGGCGAAAAGCCUGACGCCAUCAAGUACCAAGCAGCAUCUCCCGAUGAGGCGGCUUUGGUCGAAGGCGCUGUGCAGCUAGGCUACAAGUUCGUGGCGCGAAAGCCUAGAAUGGUGACGAUUGAAGCUGAUGGCGAGCUGUCUGAGUACGAGCUCUUGGCUGUUUGCGAGUUCAACUCUACUCGAAAGAGAAUGAGUUGCAUUUAUCGAUGUCCAGAUGGCAAGAUACGUUGCUAUACCAAAGGAGCAGAUACCGUCAUUCUGGAACGACUCGGACAGCGCGAUGAUAUGGUUGAGAAGACACUUCUGCACCUGGAAGAGUACGCUGCCGAGGGUCUUCGAACACUCUGUCUGGCAAUGCGUGAAAUACAAGAGUCGGAGUUCCGAGAAUGGUGGGAGAUCUUCAAUACCGCCCAGACCACGGUCAGUGGAAACAGGGCGGAAGAGCUCGACAAGGCGGCAGAACUCAUUGAGCAUGACUUCACUCUUCUCGGCGCCACUGCUAUUGAGGACAAGCUCCAAGACGGCGUACCAGACACUAUACACACGCUGCAAACUGCUGGAAUUAAGGUAUGGGUGCUUACGGGAGAUCGACAAGAAACUGCCAUCAAUAUCGGCAUGUCCUGCAAGCUCAUCAGCGAAGACAUGACUCUGCUCAUUGUCAACGAAGAAAAUGCGACAGACACCAGAGCAAACAUCCAGAAGAAGCUAGAUGCCGUCAACAGCCAAAGAUCUGGUGGCGUGGAGUUGGAGACGCUCGCGCUCGUAAUUGAUGGCAAAUCGCUCACAUACGCCCUGGAGAAGGAUCUUGAAAAGCUUUUCCUCGAUCUUGCCGUCAUGUGCAAGGCUGUCAUCUGCUGUCGUGUGUCUCCACUACAGAAGGCCCUUGUUGUCAAGCUGGUGAAGCGACAUUUGAAAGCCAUUCUACUUGCCAUCGGUGACGGUGCCAACGACGUAUCAAUGAUCCAAGCCGCACACAUUGGUAUUGGCAUUAGCGGUGUCGAAGGUCUGCAGGCUGCUCGGAGUGCGGACGUGUCGAUUGCGCAGUUCCGCUUUUUACGGAAACUGCUUCUUGUCCACGGAGCUUGGUCCUACCAGCGAAUCAGCAAGGUCAUCUUGUAUUUCUACUACAAGAAUACCGCGCUUUUCAUCACUCAAUUCUGGUACUCUUUCCAGAAUGCCUUCUCCGGACAAGUCAUUUACGAAUCCUGGACGCUAUCCUUCUUCAACGUCAUCUUCACUGCCCUGCCGCCAUUUGUGCUGGGCAUCUUCGACCAGUUUGUGAAUGCCCGGCUAUUGGACCGAUAUCCGCAGCUAUACCAACUGACACAGAAAGGAGUCUUCUUCCGCACUCACAACUUUUGGGCAUGGGUCGGCAAUGGCUUCUACCACUCGAUCAUCCUAUACUACGUCAGUCAGGUCAUCUGGUGGCGUGAUGGCGUUCUCUCCGACGGAAAGAUUGCAGGUCAUUGGGUAUGGGGUACUGCCCUGUAUACCGCUGGACUUGUGACUGUCCUGGGCAAGGCCGCGUUGAUCACAAACAUCUGGACCAAAUACACUGUCAUUGCUAUCCCAGGAUCUCUGGCCAUUUGGUUCAUCUUCCUGCCUGUAUAUGCGACAGUCGCACCCAUGCUCAACUUCAGUACCGAAUACAAGAACACACUGCCCAUACUCCUGACAGAUCCGAAUUUCUGGUUGAUGAGCUUGGUCAUCCUUCCAGCACUAUGCCUUCUGCGUGACUUUGCUUGGAAAUACGCAAAACGAAUGUACUACCCUCAAGCAUAUCAUCAUGUGCAAGAGAUUCAAAAGUACAACAUCCAGGAUUAUCGUCCAAGAAUGGAACAAUUCCAAAAAGCCAUCCGCAAAGUUCGCCAAGUGCAACGGAUGCGGAAACAGAGAGGCUAUGCUUUCUCGCAAACAGACGAGUCGCAGGCACGUGUCUUGCAGGCUUACGAUACUACGAGGGAAAGAGGACGGUAUGGAGAAAUGGCGAGCAGUCGGCCGCUACGGUAG